AUCCUCGCCGCACAUAGAGAGCGGAUUCCAACUGCUCCGCGACGCGAACGAAAUUUUCGAUCCCUUAGUUCCUUUCUUACUGGACGCGUUCACGGUUCACCGUCGCGUCCAGCCAUAGGAAAAAUUUCGUUUCAAUAAUUAAAGCGACGGAUGAAAGCUGCGCGUUUAUUAAAAUUUUGCUAUUUUAUUCGAUGGAACAAACUUUUUCUCGUAAACUUGAAAAACCACAUGUGUAAUUCGAAUCGCAAUUUUUAUCGACCGAUCACGAAGAAUAGAGUUUGAUCUGACUCGUCGUUUUGGAGUUGUCUAUUCGGAUGAGAAUUUCGCUCGUUCGGGAAGAGAACACUGCGUUUACGAAGCAUUCGGCGAAUUCGAAAGGCGGAAGUAUGUGAUCUGUGUAAACUUGAACGAGAGGGUGAUCGAAGCGAUAGGAGUGAAUUAGAAUAAAAAUGAUCGCGGCAAGAAUGUGGUGAAACUAGGUGGAGAUCGUACUCUGGCCCGGUGACACUGGCCUCUAAUUGGAUACAAUGGGACGGUACAUCCUGUUCUCCCUUCUGGCGCAAUUGGCGUUCGCUUUUCACCACCCGUUCCAGUUCCAGCCAGGCCAGUUUGAUACUACCAAGGAAACCAAAGGAUGUUGCAAUUGCGAAUUCAAAGACACGGCGUACUUAGAGUCCAAGUGCGGCGUGACGAACUCGUUUAUGACUUUAGUUCAAAACUUGAUGGCGCUUAGGUGUGAUAUUUCGGAUCCCUGCAGCAGGCUUGGCCGGGACGAUGUUCCUCACGAGGAAUGGUUCGACUUUAUCAUUGUCGGGGCCGGUGUAGCUGGACCCGUAAUCGCUAGGAGGUUGAGCGAGAAUCAUUGGUGGAAGGUCCUGCUGAUCGAAGCGGGUCCUGAGGAGCCAUCCAUGACUGCCAUUCCAGGACUCGCGACUCACGCGGUAAAUUCGAGUCUGGAUUGGAAAUUCAAAACGGAACCUACAGAGCCUCAUCCGACCGCGUGUUUAGAAACGGAAGGCGUGUGUACGUGGCCUCGAGGGAAGAUGGUCUCCGGGACCAGUGGCAUGCACGGAAUGAUGUACGUGCGCGGACAUCCAGAGAUCUACAACAGCUGGGCUAGAUCGGGUGCCCACGGCUGGUCUUACGACGAGAUCGUGCAUUACUUCGAGCGCGCUGAAAAUCCCGUAGAUCCCUCGAUGCUAUCUGACAAACCGAGAACCGUCCCUAUACCAGGCCCCAUGAAGAUUCAGUAUUACCCUAACAAACCGACCUUCGCUGACCAAGUACUGAAGGCGGCCGACGAGCUGGGUUACCAGACGUCCAAGCUGAAGGAGUACACGCAGACUGGUUACAUGAUCGCCCCGAUGACGACCGAGAAUGGUCUACGCGGCACGACUGCGAGGAGUUACCUGAGACCAGUCCAUGGCAGAAGGAACCUGAGGGUUUUGAUCAACGCACACGUCACGAAGGUCCUGAUGAACCACUGGGACAGUAAAGCGUACGGCGUGGAGUUGAUAGACAAGAACGGUUUCAAGAGGGUGGUGAAGGCCAGAAAAGAGGUGAUCCUGACAGCUGGGGCGGUCGGGUCACCACAGAUCCUGCUCAACUCCGGAAUAGGACCCAAGGAACACCUGACCAAGCUGGGCAUGCACGUGGUCAAGGAUCUGCCUGUAGGCAAGAAUCUACAAAACCACGUGUCCGUGGCGCUUUAUUUCAGUAUCAAGGACACUGCCUACGAAGCCAUGACGAUGGAUAGCGUGAACGAGUAUCUGGAAACCAGGUCUGGUAUUCUGACCAGCACAGGGCUCACCCAAAUAACAGCGUUCCAUUCGAGCAUCUACGCCACCAGUGGGGUACCAGACAUUCAGAUCUACUUCGACGGGUUCUCGCCAAAGUGUCCAAGAACAGGGCUGCCGUUCGAGUGCCUGAACGGUGCCCUUGCACUUUGUUCCGAUAGAAGAGAGAUAGUGAUGAGACCGACGGCGGUCACCAUAGCCAGUAAAGGGGAACUGAGGCUGCGGUCAGCUGACCCUCUAGCUCCGCCACUGAUUUAUCCUAAUUAUUUUACCGAUACGAAGGACAUGCUUGUUCUACUGGAAGGGAUCAAGAAGUCUAUUGAACUUAUGAACACGCAGACGAUGAAGAACUGGGAUCUGAGAUUGGAACCUGUGAUCCACCCUCUUUGCACCAACUACCACUUCGCCAGCGACGCAUACUGGGAAUGCUACAUAAGGGCCGCAACGGGGCCCGAGAAUCACCAAUCAGGAACUUGCAAAAUGGGUACCUACAACGAUCCAACAGCAGUCGUGGAUCCUCAGCUUCGAGUGCGCGGAGUGUCGAACAUUCGCGUCGCCGACGCUUCCAUAUUCCCAAUUGUGCCAAACGGAAACCCAAUCGCCGCGAUCAUGAUGACGGCCGAAAAGGCGGCCGACAUGAUCACGCAUACGUGGUCGAAAAAGUGAACUUGGACGAUCAAUCUUUCACGUACUUUUCUUGGAACGUUUAAAUAAAGCUACUAUUUUUUAUCGUAAA